AUGUAUCCUAAAGUUUCUGAAAAGUUACCAGUAAUUUCUGAUAAAGCAACAGAAACGUUUUUGUUACGGUCAGUAAAAGUCUCCAGUAAGUUCCUGGAAAGUCUCCUGCAGACGUCCUGUUUGUGUCUGCAGGUGGUAAACCGGGGCGAUCCGUACCCGCAGGAAGUGGGCGCCACGGUGCAGCGGGUGAUGGAGCGACUGGGACACUGCAACCCCUACAGACUGGUGUGGCAGUCCAGGGUGGGCCCCAUGCAGUGGCUCGGGCCCCAAACCGACGAGGUGAUCAAAGGUCUGAGUGAGCGCGGGAAGAAGAACAUCCUGCUGGUUCCCAUCGCCUUCACGUCCGACCACAUAGAGACGCUGCAUGAGCUGGACAUCGAGUACGCUCAGGUGUUGGCCGAAGAGUGUGGAGUGGAGAACAUCCGCAGAGCCGAGUCGCUGAACGGAAACCCUCUCUUCAUGAAGGCCCUGGCUGACCUGGUCCAGUCCCACCUGAAGUCCAACGAGCCGUGUUCCCGCCAGCUGACGCUGCGCUGCCCGCUCUGCACCAACCCCACCUGYGGCCAGACCAAGGCCUUCUUCGCCAGCCAGAAACUGUCAUAACGCCGCGUUUUAUACCAAACUCCGAGACGCUGAAGGCCUCCUGUUGGUCAACAAGCAGCAAGACGGACUGGAUUCUGGCUCAAGUUCAUUUUAAAUGGUGAUUUUUGGAGAUUCCCUUUGGUUGGUUGGUCCGUGUAGAUAAAGGAACUGAGUUUAUUUUCUUUAAGUCUCCCAUGCCGACACGUUUUUCACCGACCGCAGAGACAUUUAGUUAAAUGGCUCCAGAACGUCCUGCAGGUGUUAAUCCAAUGCCUACACGGCUUUUUAGGGCCACCAUACGUUGAAAAAGAAAGUCCAUUUCCACCAAAAAUACUUGGAAAUUUUGAGAUGAGUCUCAGACAGUUUCUAGAGAAAAACUUGUUAAUCUCUUCACUCCAAAAGUCGAAAAUUUGCAAGAAAAAACUCAGGAAAAAUGUUAMAUUUUCUGAGUUUCCAAAGUCGAACAUUUUUGACAUCUGGAACUCAGAAAUUUCCACGUUUUUGGGGGUAAAUUUACUUUUUUCCAUCUAUAAACAGCCUUUAAAUGCAAGUGUGUAAAAAUGUGGGCUCUGUAGUUUUUCUGCUCUUUCUGGCAGCUUUGUGCCUUUUAAACACUGGAUAAAAUCCACCCCAACAUUAGUAUUUGUUUGUUCCUGCUGUGACUUGACMGAGAAACAUCACUGUUCUUAUUGAACUGAAAAUCUUUAGCUGGGUUGACAAACUGAAAAGGUUUAGCUAACAGUAAAACCUAGCCUUCUGCAUGCUAACCGGAAAGAUUUAGCUUCCAGUAAGCUAGCGUAAAAAUUUAGACAGAGCRGUAAAACUUAGCCUCCUAAGAGCUAACUGUAAACAUUUACCUAACAUGCUAACUGAAAAGAUUUAGCAGACAUUAAGCUAACUUAAAAAGUGGAGCUUUUUUUAAAGCAUUCUCCUAGCUAAGAAGCUUCACUUUGCAGUAAACUCAGCUAACAUCGGGAAAAUAAAGAGUUUGCUUUGCUAAGGUAACCAGAGGAUUGGUUUAGUGUGUUGACAAAAAGGCUUUACUACCAAGUUGAUGGUGCUAGCAAGCUGAAAAGCAAAGCUUUAGCUUGCAGUAGGCUAACUGAAAAGGCUAGCAAGCUGAAAAACAUUUACCUACUAGUUGGUUUGCUGAAACUGUUUACAUGUCUGUAAACUAAUUUGAAAGGGAAAUGGAAAAUAGUUAGCUUACUGUUAGCAGCAUGCAAAGGCUUAGCUUGUAUAAGCUGUCUAGCAGAGACAGAGAUUUUAUGUUUAAUGCUUGCUGUAAUAAUUAAAAGAUGCUAAAUGGUUUUUGUUUAGCAAUACCAUUUAAGCUAGCAUGUGCUACCUUUAGUAGAGCGGCCAUUGCUUAAAGGCUUUAUUUUUGGUAAAGAUGGAACAUCAUUCCCAGCUUUUCAGAGUUGCUGUUUGUGAUAAAUCUCCAUGAAGGCAUAUUUUUAAAUUACUUUUCUUGAUGCUAAUCUACGCACAGAAUUGCCUGUUUUUGUUCUUCCACUGGAUUAGAAUUCAAAAAGCCCAGUGUUAAUUUAACUGAAGAGAGUGGACUAUAUAAACACUGAAAAGGUGUUGAUAUCAACUCUGUUGGAGUUAAAUCAACACUGGGAAUUUUGUUGUUAACUCCCACAGAGUUUAUAUUAACACUUUAUCAGUGUUAAUAUAGUCCACACUCUUCAGAGUUAAUUUAACACUGGGCUUUUUGCUGUGAAGGAUGUGUGUUUGUCCGUCUCUUGUUUUCUAUACAUAUUGAGUGAAAUGAGUGUUUUAAGAUGUUAGCAAAUAUCUUCUUGUUCUUCAAUGUGUUUGUUUGAUUUUCUUAUGUUUUUCAUACAUGAUUGGGUCAUUUUCAGUCAGAAAUUAUGCUAAUCGAUGCUAACCAAGAAUCUGGUAAAAUUCUGACCCGAWGCUACUUAUUAUUAUAACAUUAAUAAAAUUCAGUGUAAUCUUAAAAGCUACUUUCUCAUUUUAAUAUUUAAGGUUGUAGAUCUACUCUGUGAAGUUUUCAGGCCAUAAAAUAAAGACUAGUUUCCUAAUUUAACUCUGUAAUGUAGCUUAAAACAAGGAAUCGUUGCCACACGUUUUUUUUUUUUUUUUUUUUUUUUACUCUUUGGAUUUAUUUGUUAUUGUGUUCAAACCAGGUAUUGAAAGUAAUGUGAAUAUAGUAAAACUUAAAGUUUGAAAGCAUUUAUUUGUUGAAACAACUGGUGCUGUAUGAAUUUUAGGACAUGAUGUUGMAUAAAUACACAUGAUGAGGUCUUCCUUCAAAAUAAUAUAAAUAUCCGUUCCUAAAGCAGU